ACGCGGUGUCGGUUGGCUGUCAACAUGGCGGAGGCGUUGGGGUCGCGGCCGCCACCUCUGCCAUUGCCAGGCAAGGUCGCCGCUGCUGCAGCUGCCGUCGCCACCACAGCCAAGAGCGCCACUGUGCGGGAACCAGAGCUGCCGCGGCCAACCUUCCCGCCGCAGUGACGCGGGGCCUGAGAGACGGAGUGCAGGGAGGGGCGGAGGAGGAGGAAGCCGGAGCUGCCAUGAGGGAGGCUGUGGGGACCAGCCGAGAGGCGACGCUGAGGUGAAUGAAGGAUGAUGACCGGGAGGCCCGGAGCCCGGAGCGCGGUCUCGAGACAGGGCACUGAAUCCUCGGACACUCGCGUCAGAGCCCCCCUCAGCCCUCGGUUGAGCGACGGGCGCCACCGACCUGGCGCUUACCUAGAUAUGAAAAUCCAUUUUGAGAAAAAUUUAGAAGAAGAGCGCCAAAUCUUACUGCAGCAACAAAAAAUAUGUCGAAAUCAAGCACGUAAAUAUUUUGUGGAGUCAAACCGGAGAAAAAAAGCUUUUGAAGAGAAACGAAAACAACAAGAAGAAAGAGAACACCAAAUCAGAGAACAAAUACUUCAACAACGAAAAAAAAAGUUUGAAGAAGUUACUGAAAAAUUCCAGCGGGCCCAUAUUCCUCUUUCACAGCGGAAGAGAACAGUUUUUCAAAAACCAGUUCCUCCAUUAGAAGAGGCCCUCAAACAAAUUCAGGAAUCCAACUUAAAAUCAGAGGUAAACCUUCCCUCUUCCCACAGACCAAUAAUAGGCUGGAGAGUCAUAGAUAAUUCCUUGCCUUCAUCAUUGUCAAAAAAUGAUCACAAGCAUCAGAAACAUCUAUCCAAAAUCAAUUCUGAUAAAGAAAUGAAGGAAAACAGCAAGGCAAACUUGACUACUAACAAAGAUGCAUUCCAGCUUAAACUGGAGGAAACUCAGAAACUCCUAGAAGAUCAGCAUCUAAGCAGUUUGCAAAAAUUUUGUGAUGAAGUUAAUCAUAUAACAAAUUCUGAAACCCUCUCAAGUAUAGACAGUCUUGAGGCUAGGGAAUGUGAAGAAAUAUAUUUAAAACUUAAUAAAGAGCCUUCUACACCAAUCCAGCAGCAGAAUUCUAUUUCCCUCAAAUCCGCAAAUCUUCAAUCAACUAAUCUAAGCUGCUUUGAUGAAGAUAAGCUGUCAUUCUCUAAAACUCAAUAUAUAAAUAAUUGGCUUAUAAAUUUAGAUGAUCCAAACACUCAGACUGUCACACCUUUCUCAGAUAUUUUAAGUAAACCUAAUGUUCUACCUUCACGUAAAUGUCUUAAUAGUGAAGAACAAAAUUCAUCUGCUCUGAGUAGAACUGUGGAAAGAGCCACAAAUACUGCUAACAAUUCAGUAGCCUUUGUAUAUAGUCCACCCAUAUUUGUAAAAGAUAUAAAAAGCAAAAAGACCUCUGAAACUAGUGCUAUGAGGACAACUGACACCAAUCCUGGAUCAUUCAAAAGGGAGAGACCAUUAGUUACUGAGAGCCCAACAUUUAAAUUCAGCAAAGCCCAGGCCAAUCCAGAUUCUCCAACCCAGGAAAUGGCAACAAUUUCAGACCAAGAGAAAUAUUCUGAAUUGACUCAAGAAAAUAGAACUACUUCAGUACCCACUUCAUUUGUACCUGUGGCAAAACCUUUAGUUUUGCCAUCGAAUACACAAUCAGCUAGGCCUUUACCCAAAAAAGGUAUACAUAUAAAAGAAAUUGACCCAGUGCAGUGUUCUGAUAAGUUAGGGGAAAUGAAAGACAUUAAAGAUGAAAAGAUAAGAUAUUCUAACUGUGAUGAGGAAGAGUUGUCUUUAUUUUCAGAUAAUUUUCAAGCUGGCUGUGUACCUUACAACUCUGACUCAAAAGAUAAAAAACAGAAAAUAGCUGAAGCAUCAACAUCAUUGUAUAGUAUAAUUUCUAAUUGUGACUUAGUUGGUCAGCACAAGAAAAUGAAAUGCAAUAUUCAUGAGAGAAAUGGUGUGAGGUUUCUUAAAAGUAUUUUAAAGAAAGAAUCUAAAUAUGAACAUGAUUAUUUUAAGGCACUGGUUACAAACCAAGGCUUUAAGUUAGGAAAUCAAAAAGCAGCAGAUAUCAGAGAUAGUAUUGAAUUAACAAAAGAAAAAGGGAAAAGUGCAGAAAUUCCAAAGAUUAUUAAAAAACUGAGAUGGAUUGAUGAAACUGAAGAUACAGAAAAACAUGUUGAAGAUAAUCAUUCACUGAAAAAUAGAAUAGGAAUAACUCAACAGUGGUCUCAACAAUUCCACAUUCAAACUAAAAGUGUUGCUGCCAGCAACAUUACUAGUAUUAUUCCUGCUUCUUCUGUGAAUUCUGCUGAUAAGAAAAAGCCCAAGGAUGAUUUUAUCUCUGAAAAUGUCACUGCUUUAGGAGGAUCUGGAAUAGACCAUGUGCCUUUGAACUGCUUUAUACCUUCAGGUUAUAACAUUGCUAAACAAGCCUGGCCAGACUCAAAAGAAGAGGAAAGUAAAUCCCCUGUAAAUAGUGGUGGUUCUAAAACUCAGAAAACUAAUCCACAAAAGGGUGGAGCAAAAGUAAUUAGAAGAACAAGAUCUGCUAAAGUUCAAUCAGGCUUUAUAUAUACGAACAGAAAAGGCGCUGUUAUUCGACCACAGUCUGCGAGCAAAGCCAACACAUUUUUACAAGCUCAGGGUAAAUUAAUUGUGCCUCAUCCUCCUCCUAAAUCUCAAUUAAAUAUUAGAAGUUGUAAAAAUAUACAAGUAUCUCAGUAUCAAACUGUAAUGCCUGAAAAUUCUCAAAACAUCAGUACAUGUGACUAUGUUAAUUCAAAACAUGUGCUUCCAACAGAACACAAGUUAAAUCAGUGGAAUCAAGAAAGUAGUCUUCCACUCUCACAUGUUUGUCCUGACUUAGUCACUGCGAUGCCAUCUCUACCAUAUUGUUCUUCUGAGUGCCAAACUUUAGCAAAAAUAAAUCAUUCAAAUGGCAAUCAAAUGGUUGCCCAGCAAGAUGGGACAUUAUAUUACACCCAAAGAUGUCCAGCAUAUGAAGAAAGUCAUUCCUCUGUGACUCUUAAAACUACUAAAGAAGAAUUUGUUCCCUUGUGGAAAAUACAGCAUAAUAUUCUGGGUCAAAAUGAAAAGGCCGCUGAUUCUACUGUUACAAGAAGAAAACAAAUUGUUGAAAAUAAGCACAGAAGUCUUUUAGAGCAAAAAAGACAAAACCCUGGAUCUGUAGGACAGAAGUACAGUGAGCAGAUGAAUGGGACACGAGUUCGAGCCCUGGUCUGGGAAGAUCCCACAUGCCACAGAGCCACUCAGCCCGUGCGCCACAACUACUGAGCCUGCACUCUAGAACCUGCGAGCCACAACUACUGAGGCUGAGUGCUGCAACUACUGAAGCCCCCACACCUAGAUCCCAUGCUGUGCAGCAAGAGAAGCCACUACAAUGAGAAGCCCACUCACUGCAAUGAAGAGAAGCCCCGGCUCGAUGCAACUAGAGAAAGCCUGCAUGCAACAAUGAAGACCCAAUGCAGCCAUAAAUAAAUAAAUAAAUUUUACAAAUAUUAAAAAAUCUAGAUGGAUAAGUGAAUAGCAUUUCACUUGACGUUUCUACCUUAAAUACCACUUCUGAUUUUUAAUAGAACUGGAAAUAGAGUGUUUUAUGAGGAAUUUAUAUUCCACGUCAAAGGUUGAGGGUCCUAUUAUUUGCAUACUGUAGAAACUAUUGAUUUUUAUAUAGAUGAUUAUUAAUAUGAAGAAUUAUCAACAGUGAUUUAAUUUUAUCAGCAAAACAAGUCAUUUAGUUUUUUAUUUAUGUAAAUAUUGUCUCAUUACCAAUAUAUUUUUACUGUUUAAUAACAAACUUAAUUACAAACAUAACUUCCUGAUUACAAAUAGAAUAAUGCCUAAGUCCUUCCUUUUAAUUUCCAUGUUGUCCACAUCGAACAUCUCAAAAUCUAUAAAGUGAACAAAUUUUAUCUUUAUUUUUUCUUUAUUUUUAUUAAUAUACAUUAAAUUUAAAAGUAAUGUGUAGUUGUUAUAACAAAAAUAGAACAAAUUAAAUUUUAAAUGCCAUUAUUAGUGCCCUUUCUAAAUUCAUCUUUAUUUUUCUGUGUCUUAUUCUGUUCUUCUGUGUCUUGCUCCUUUGCAUUCUAUCUUGCUGUCUUUAGAGUCCAUUUAUAUUCUUUCCAGCAGCUUCACUUCCACUUUCACAUAAUACACAUCUUCCACUCACACACCACUUAUACAUCUACCAAAGUCUUGUUAGCUUUAAAAUAGGUCAGUGUUCCUGAAUCAAAACAAAGUUUUGAAGUUUAUUUGUUUUUCAUCCUUGUUUUGUUUUGAUAUUUGGUUUUGGGUUGGGUUUGAUUUUGUUUUUACUCAAGAGCUUAAACAAGCAUUCAAUUACUAUAGCACCAGCCCUGUCACCUUGUAUUAGGAAAUAUAUUUUAUCAAAGUGGAUAUUUUCCCAGCCACUACUUCUACAUGGAGAGAAUCUAAAAGAGGUUAGUGAAAGAUAGAUAAAGCACAAUUGCCACUUUGUGCCAGGGUCUCAGUCCAGGUUGUCUCAAGUCUAUAAUGGAGUUUAGGUGAGGCUAUGAGAGCUAUCGAAGCAGGGCUGUUGAAGAAACCUGCAUCGGUUACUCUUCAAAUUAGACUGAACAAAAGCUAGGUAUAGUCAUAGCCAGGCAAUUUUAUCUAAGAGAAACAGUCAGUUCUUAAGAGUGGAACAGAAUGGGGGUAAAGAAUCAAAGUAGACCAUAUCCAAGGAAGGAGAGUUGGUAUCACUCAUAGUAUUGAAUGGGAGUGCUAAUUGCCAGUGCUCUGAUAUUUUUCAUUUCCCAGUACUGUGCAACAUCGAGGCAGCUAUUUCUGUUUUAAGUUUUGUCACCUAAGACACUUACCUGUCCUUUGCAUUAGCCAUAAUCAGAGGCUUUUUGCUACUAUCAAUAAUUGUGACUUACCCUUACAAGGAUAAACCAGCCUUAAGGUAAUUUUUUACCUUUCCUUUAGUUAGCACUUCUGAUUGCCACCCAACUUACUUCCUUCUUUCAAAUGUCCAAGACAAUAUUGCAAACUGAAAAUUUACCAAACUCUACGUAAAACAUUUUUCUAAUCUUUAGGCAUCAUAGAAAGGUCUUAUUCCCAUAAUUCUUGAUUUGUGCUCCAAAAAAAAAGAAAAUAUAUAUUAUAUGAACAGAGAUAGCUGAAAAUAUAAACAGCAAGUAAAAGUCUGCUAAGUCAAUAUAUCAUUAAUUUUAAAUAUGGAAUUA